CGAAUUCACUUCGGCCGCCGGCACUGCUGGCUAUUACGUUGUUUUUUUUCUCUUAUCUGAGUCAUUUCCACGAUUCUAAAAAAUGUUCGUCAAUUAGAGAGAAAUCGCACGCAUCGAGGGAAAAACAAUUGGAGACAAGAAAAUUGGGAAAAUGUCGACGGGAAACAAACAGUCGGUCAUGGAGAAAGAGGUGAAUGAGCCAUCAGGAUUGGAUUCUCAAGGGCACAGUGAUAUUGCGGAAUUUUAUGCGGGAUGUGAAGUUCUUAUUACCGGGGGCUCUGGAUUUCUCGGAAAAAUUCUCAUCGAAAAACUGUUGCGAACAUGCCCAAAAGUUGGGAAAUUGUACUUAAUCAUGCGCGCCAAGAAAGGGAAAUCUUCGGACGAGCGGUUCAAGGAGCACUUCGAGGAUCCCCUCUACGAUAGACUGAAGGAGGAGCAGCCGAAUUUUGCUGGCAAAGUUGUGAUGGUGGAGGGUCAGCUGGACAAGGGUUUGGAGUUGUCCCCGGAGAAUCGGGAAUUAUUGAGAAAUUCCCAUGUGGUGUUUCACAGUGCAGCUACUGUGCGAUUCGACGAGAAAUUACGACUCGCUGUUAAUAUCAAUGUGCGAGGAACUAAAGACAUCCUCCUGUUUGCGAGGGAGAUGCCCAACCUCAAGGCGUUUGUACAUAUUGGUACAGCAUUCUCACAGUGUGUCACUAAAUUCAUUGAUGAGAUUUUCUACAAACCGCCGAUUGGUUCUGAUGAGCUACUGACGUUACUGGAUAUUCUUGAUGAUGAAACACUGGAGAGUAUAACACCUACUAUAUUGGGAAAAUGGCCGAAUACAUAUGCAUUCACGAAAACAGUGGCUGAGGAUACGGUGAGAAAAUAUGGGAGAGAUCUUCCAUUAUGCAUUGUACGCCCUUCGAUCAUGAUUGCAACAGCGAAAGAACCGAUUCCCGGAUGGAUUAAUAACCUGUAUGGUCCCACGGGUGUUGUUCUCGGUGCUGGGAUGGGAUUGCUGCAUACCCUCCACUGCGAUGCUAAAAAUGUCGCGGAUAUCAUCCCCGCUGAUUAUGUCAUCAAUAACAUCCUCGCAGCAGCAUGGGACAUCGGAAAAAACCAGGGAAAAAUAGGAGGACCAUUGAAACCCCUCCCACCGCCUGUUUUGAGUUCAAAAGCAUCAGAGCCUAAUCCAGCUGAAGAUCCUCCGAUAUAUAAUAGUGUUUCUUCAUGCCAAAAUUCGAUAACAUGGGGUGAAUUCAUGAAGUAUAAUGAAAUUUAUGGAAUGGAAGUGCCGAGUAAAAUGGUCUUCUGGUAUUAUUUCUUCCAUCUACAUCCCAAUAUUUGGGUUCAUAAUUUCUAUGUGGUCUUCACUCAUCUACUGCCAGCAAUAAUUUUUGAUACUGUUGCACGGUUGACUGGGCGGGAGCCAGUAUUGUGGAAAGCGUAUAAGAAAAUUCAUAAAUUCAGUGGAGUUAUUUCAUACUUUUCGACACAACAAUGGAGUUUCCGCAACGACAAUGUCAUAAAGCUGUGGGAUAAACUAUCCGAGAUUGAUCGCAAAUUGUUCUACUUCAAUCUGAGUGAUCUUAUAUGGAGGGAUUACUACUAUUACCAUAUUCGGGGUCUGCGAGUAUUCGUCGUGAAAGACCCUCUGGAUACUAUCGAGGAAGGCAAGAAGAGAUAUCGACUAUUGAGGUGGGCUCAUUAUACAGUCGUAUCCCUGGUGUAUCUAUUCCAGGCGUGGCUGGCAUACCGCAUUCUUUAUUUCUUCUUCUCAUUAAUAAUGUCCUUUUAAGAAUCAUCCCAAUCAAUUUAGUGAAUAAGACAUUGAUGGAUUUCAGAGUAAUAAAAAAAGGACUAUUAAAUUAUUA